AUGCUCUUUCGCUUGGAGUAUUUAGUUUUGAUCGAGUAUAUCGAGAGUGUCAUCCCCACAGUAUACGUCAUUUACUUAACCAUCGUCUACGCUCUACCAAGUGCAAAGUAUUACCCUCACACACGGAAUUUGACGCCGGAGGAACUUCGAACAAAUGUCGGGAGUAUUAUGAUGUAUGCCUCAGCAGAGAUGCUGUCUCUGGUAUGGCUUCAUGUGGUAUUAAAACGCAGAUUCGGUUUCUCGCUUCUGUAUCAGCUUGCAUUUGUUCUGGAAACUAGAGUGGAAUUGGUGCAAGGUCGUCUUUUCGUGUGGAUAAUGCCUUUGUUACAGAUCACUCUGGUGCAUUUCGGUAUGAAUAUGGGGAGCUACUACAUGGAGGACUCAAGCUUCUAUAGCGGCCACGACGAGUACACGGGGAUUUUUGGUCCACUUCGGGCUACUUCAUCAUCUGCAUUUCGAUCUCGAGGACGAUUGCCACCCCAUCGCCGCGGAUUCUCGAAUUCACGACAUCCUGAGAGUUUCUCAAAGCUCCGCGAAGGUCGGAGAUCGACAACACGAGAAUUCAACGACCGCGCCAAAUUUCUAGCAAAACGCAAAGUGAAAAGGUCUUUCGGGCAUCUGGAUGGGGAUAGUGAUGGCGCCGAAGACUUGGAUAAUAAGGAGAACGAGCCGACAAGUCCGACCCACGGACUGCAGCGGCAGGUUUGGCUGCCUACACGUAACUUUGCGUUCCGACAGCGAGCUGGGAAACUGGAUACCCGCGCUAUUGCACGGCUGGAUCUGGAGAAAAUUGCAGCUACUACAGAUAUUGAAACCAUCCAGAGACAUCUGGAAAAUCUAGCCUUUUCAGAUGUGACGCUGGAUGACGUUCAGCAUUAUUCAGAUGCUUAUUUUCUGAAGCUGUUCCAGAUUGCACAGCUUACGUUGGAGUAUCUUAUGCACGUUCAAGAUUCGCUUGUGGAUCAUUCAGAGGGACUAGAGAAGCAGUGUGAACAACUGGUGACAGAAUGUCAACAACUCGAGACCGAGAACGGACAGCACGAAGCAGAGAUUGCCAGCUUAAAACGCGAAAUCCGACAAAAGCAGCGCACAAUGGCUACGUUGGAGUUGAUGCUACUCAAUGCAUCAGCUUCUAAUCGUAUUAACAGCUCUGCGAAGGAAAACGCGGCUCGAGAGGCUAACGCUCUGGUUGAUGAACUCAUAACUAAUCAAGCAGAGUCCGCAGCGACAGAAGAGGGAUCAAUUGCAAAUGCGGUGUCCUGUGUUUUAUGUGGGAAGCGGUUUGUGUCUGCAGAGUAUUUACUGCGCCAUCAGCAGAAACGACAUCAAGACACAAAGAAGAAGAAAAAGAAGAAGAGCUCGUCUAGCUCAAGCAGCGAUAGUGAUUCCAAGAAGAAAAAGAAAAAGAAGAAACCUGAAAAACCAGCUCCCUUACCGAAGGAGAUCCUCGAUGCGCUAGAAGAGAAGAACCAAUUAGCAAAACAACUCAUGGCUUUACAAGAUCAAGUUCGUGUUGAUCAAGAGACAAGAGAUAGACAGCGACAACAACUCGAGAACCAACAACAGCAAAUGAGUUCAAAGAUCGAACAGUACAUGGAAAAACUACAAACUACUCUUGUUGACAUCGAGAAGAAGCAGGAAGAUACAAAGCAAGAUUUGCGGCAGUACACGCAGGAAGCUAUCACUCGGCUUCAAGUAGAAAUUGCGAAUGCAGAGCUUAUUCGAAUUCAGGCGCUGAAACCCUCCCGAGCUGGAAAGCUCGAGAAUGACGACGAGGAGGCAACUAAAUCUGAUGCGAAAUGGUCGGAGAAGGUGGAGAAGCUUAUGGAUACAUUUUUGCGAGCUCAAGCCCAGAAGCAGCAAGAGAUUGACGCCUUAGAACAAGAGAGCAGCAAAUUGUGGACGAAGUACAACAAACUUAAGAAAAAACAACACCGUCCAGAACCAACGAUGAGGCUGACAGAUUUAACAGCAUUAGAUGCUGAGCGAUUCGGUGUUGAUCGAGGCGAAGUGGUGGAGCCACAACAGCCUGCUGUUAAUAAAUCGGUCGCGCGGCUGGAAGAUAAAGUUAUUCAAACUGACGAAGAAGAUGAAGGUAAACGGGAACCCAAAGUUGAGACGAUCAGUGAAGCGAUUCAAACUGAAGCGGAGCCCAAAGUCGCCCCAGCCGCUGCUGUUGUUGUGCCACCUGUCAGAAUUGAAGCUAUUAAGUCGAUUGUCUCGCCACCUCCCGUUGUACAUCCACUUGCCACUGCUAAGGAAAAGGCCCCUGUUAUUCCUUUCGUCCACGAGGAGAACAAAUCGAAGGCGGUUGAUCCACGAGCGAAAUUCCAACAAGCAGCGCAUGUCAUUGGGAAAAUGGCGCUUGGGUUUUUGACCCGUCGAGCACUUGCGAAGACAUCCAAUUGGCGAAUCAUGAUAGAAAUCUCUUCAUUGGAGGCUGCGCUUACAGCUCCGGAACUGGAAUACGCUCACCAUCACUACGACAAUCGAAUACAUGUGCAGGUGGAGGAAGCAAUGACAGCCAACGAUUUACGCGUUGUGAUCGCUAAAACUCUGUCUGGAAAAGAUGAAUUCGAAGCUGAAGAUGAAGGUACUGCAGAAAUCACCGCUACUAUGACGUACCACCGCGUGCUGCUUCACCACAAACAGACUGGCGUCGAGUUAUCUGGUGACAUGCUGAUUCACGAGCUCAGGAACAACAUUGAAGUUGAAAUUAUUCCUUACCACGAAGUAGUAGCCGAGCAAGUUGGAGAAGUGAUUGAAACUCAUGCAGUUGUUUCAAACCGUAUCGAAGAUAUCAGGCGUGCGUCAAUGGAAUUAUCUGUGACUGACUUGCCAACACUACAGGACGAAAACAAUUUACGAGAUAGAAACACCAAUCUCGCUCGUCUUGUGCGACUGCAGGCCCUCGUUCGUGGGUUUCUUGCCAAGAAGAAUGUGGAGUUUAUUAAAAUCGACCGACUCGUUGAUGCACGACUGGUAAGAAUGCGGAACACAACGUCUACUGAUGAAAAGCCUCUCGAGCCUUCUUGGAUGAGUCUCGAUCCGGUGUUAGCUGCUGAAUACGAUAAAAUACAACGAAGGUUGGAGCAAAUGCUACGAGCUAAAUUGCACCGAGAAGACGCUAGCGAAGAUGAUCUACGAUUUCUCCCACAAGAAGAGUAUGAUAAGCAUAGUGCUGAUCUAGAAUCAGAGCAUAAAACUCUUCCAACUGAUGUACAGCGUCGGAUUCAACUAGUAACUGAGAGACUGCCACCAAUGGCAACAGGUGAAUAUCGUCGAAGACAAGCAGAAACUAAACAAGGCUCGAAACACCGAACUACGGGUGCUGCUAAAAUACACAGAGCUGUGCAGAUUGAGGUCGUGCGAAAGCGACUCAAGCGGCUUGUUGCGGAUAAUAGUUCUCGAAAAACAAAACUUGUCGAGAAAACUAUCACGGAAGAGACCAGCAUUCCAGAAUUGUCGGUGACAGCGAAGUCGCUGCUGUCCUCGUGGCUUUCGCCAAGUCGAGAGAGUGGGCAAACGACUACCAAGUCUAUAGGCAGCUUCGACCCGAACGAAAUUGAUCAGCUUGCCAACGCGUACGAGGAAGGGAACUCGCCUGUCGCGGUUCAGAGAACCGAAGAGAAAGAGCAGGAGUCACCAGCAGUUGAGAUGAAGGAGGACAAGAAGGAAGAGGAGAAAUCGCAGCCCCCGCUACAAUUGACACCCAGAAUGGGGCCGGAUGACGUGGAAAUAGCAAGUGAACGGAAACCUUACCGUCGCCCGGGUACGCCGAAUUUUGAAGUCAAAACUGUUGCAGAUCGUGGUCGCUCGCCCAGGCCAGACCAAGAAAUUCACGUGAUUUCUCCCUUCUCCAAGACGCCGUUGAUAUCACGACGCGCUGCAGCGAGAAGAGGAACAGGCUUUGAUAACGCAAGAUAG